AUGGCCGCUAAGUCGGAUGGAGCAGCGGUGUCUGUGGAAGAUGACAACACCCCCAGGAGCCUCUCGGAGCCGGGGAACCCCACCACCCGGCACCGCUGCACUGCCGCUGGCGGAAAACCCUACACCCUGCUGGACUGCUGCUGGGUGCUCUGCGCCCUGCUCGUUUUUUUCUCCGACGGCGCGACUGACCUGUGGCUGGCCGCCGACUACUACCUGAGAGGCGACUACUGGUGGUUCGGCUUAACGCUCGUCUUUGUCGUAGUGCCCUCCGCUGUCGUCCAGGUGUUGAGUUUUAGGUGGUUCGUGUAUGAUUACUCGGAUUUUAGCGGCGGCGGCGGCGGCGAGGGAUCAGUGAGCGGCAGCGGCAGCGGCGCGGCGGCGGCAGGCGCGGCGGGCAGCGCAGCCACGGCAAGCGACAACGCUCUGAGCACCAAGGACAGCGACCAGCGCGGUGCGAGCGCGGCAACGGGAAACGCCGCCAAUGUUACCGCGGUGUACACGUCUUCUGCCCCGCCUGCCACGGCUGGGAGAGUGGGCUCCCCCCGGAGGUGCUGCACCGUCUGCAUGUGGAUCUUUCAAACCGUGCUUCACGUCCUACAACUGGGGCAAGUCUGGAGAUAUGUCCACGCCCUCUACCUGGGCGCCCAGAGCCGCUGGCACAGCAACGGGCCCCGUCGUCAUUUCCACUGGCGGCUGAUGUUUGAGAGUGCUGACAUCACCAUGCUCCGCCUGCUGGAGGCCUUCCUGAAGUCUGCCCCACAGCUCGUCCUGCAGCUCAGCAUCAUGAUCCACGGAAACAACGUCCUCCCUCUGCAAGGCCUCUCGGCUUCAGCCUCCUUGGUUUCGCUGGCCUGGAUGAUUGCCUCCUACCAGAAGGUUCUCCGGGACUCCCGUGACGACAAGCUGCCCAUGUCCUACAAGGCUGUGAUCGCCCAGAUGCUGUGGCACUUCUUCACCAUCGGGGCAAGGACUGUGGCUUUUGCCCUCUUCGCCUCCGUCUUCCAGCUCUACUUCGGCAUUUUCAUCGUCAGCCACUGGUGUGUGAUGACCUUCUGGAUUAUCCAGGGUGAGACGGACUUCUGCAUGUCCAAGUGGGAGGAGAUCAUCUACAACAUGGUCGUGGGCAUCAUCUACAUCUUCUGCUGGUUCAAUGUCAAGGAGGGCCCCAGCCGCUUCCGUAUGACACUCUACUACUCUGUUACGCUGGCCGAGAACGUGGCCCUGACCGCCGCCUGGUACACCUACCGCGGCCCACAAACCACCGACUCCUCCGCCCUGGUGGUGGUGUGCCUGGUGGCCUGCAGCUUUGCCCUAGGAACCUUCUUUAUGUUGGUGUACUACUGCUGGCUGCACCCAGACGGGCCUGUUCUAGGCUCCCAGUGGGGAGGGUGUGUGGAUGAGGGUGUGGUGGGUGCAGGAGGGGUGGUGGGGGUGAUCGAUGCUUGCCUUACUCCAUCCCAAGGGUCCCAAACAGACAUGGUCAUCACCAGUCCUCCAAGGACUCUGCCCAGGACUAAAGACACUGGUGAUCCAGUUCCUGGGGAGCGGGACAAGGAGAAAGACAGAGAUAGCUGCCUACCUGUCUUCCAGGUGCGCCCCUCCCCUUCCUCCUCUCCUGCACUGCUUCACAGGACCUCCUCUUCAUCUCGUGCACAGGAGGGCCCUGUAAUUAGGAUUGACCUCCCCAGAAAGCGCUACCCAGCCUGGGACGCACAUUUUAUUGACCGACGCCUCCGCAAGACCAUCCUGCUUCUGGAAACCACGUCAGCGGUCAGCCCCCGGAUACAGUACAGGAGCAGCAUGAUGGGCAGCAAAGAGGUGUUCGAAUAUGAAACGACUGUUUGAGCCAGCAGGGGCUCUUAAACUUCGAGGUGCAGUCUGGGACCAGGACUCGGACUGGGAUCAGUCCUAACCCCAGGACGACCUACACUGAAAGAAGCAUGAGAAGAAGAAGAC